CUAAAAAUCAAUUGAAUACUUCAGAGUAGUCAGUAUCCAAAAUACAAUAAUUGUAAUUUUAAUUUUACGUAUCAUAAUCUAUCAUAAUGAAGAAAAGUGAAAAAGGUAAAUUACUUAAAAAUGCUAGUCAUGUUCCUCGUUUGAGUCGCAUUAGUCGUCGAACUAUAGAAAAGCCCGAAGAUAACCUUUCAUCAAGUUCUAGUUUAUUUGACAGCGACAGGAAUUCCGUUGAGUCCGAUAGGCAUAAAUAUGCUUACUUUCUAUCUUCUGCUACUGAAAAGUUAUAUUCAUUAUCGGAUAUUGAAAGGGAUUCUGAUGAGAGUGACUCCUUGUCGUCUAAUGCUGCGCGCGCUAUGGAGGAAAUGAAUUUAGAACUGCCAGCUGUGCCAGACUUUUUUGAAGUUCUCGGCACAGCUAUAAGUUUAAGCGAUCUAACUAUUGAGACGAGUGAGGAAAUAAAAUUAGACCAGUUGAAGUCAGUCAAACUUUCAGGUGAAACUGCAGGAACAUUUGUGGAUCCUUUAACAGGUCAAAAACUAUCGAGCUCAUCAUCCAUAGAAACCACAGAAGAAGAAGCUGUAGUUGCAACUGUCAAAGAAGAGUCUUCUGAUGGUGGUCCUAUUUUUUUUGAUGUCAAAUUACCAGAUCUACCAAUCGAUAAGAGCGCUUUAAAAAAGAAAAAAUAUGACGAUGAAAUGGAAGACGAACUUGACAUUUUUUUUGAACCAGUCAAAGACCGGGAAACCGUGCAAUUUGAUUUUGAAGCCUUAGAACGUGAGGAAGCCGCAGUUGUACUGGAAAGAAGUAUUAAACAAAUGUUGAUAUCCAUUGUAAAUAAUGUGGUUGCAAAAAGCGAAUAUAUAGAUCGAAGAACAUUAUUAAAUAAUGCAUUAGAUAAAGCUGAAUUAAUGCGGUUACUUGAGGAAAAGCUUAACAUUUUAAAUCAAGAAAGGUCAAUUAAUCGAUUUCUGAAUGUAAAAUGUUAUGUUCAUUUCCAUCAGAAAGGAAUGAAACGUUUCUUAAUUCCGGAUAAAAAAGGUUCAAAGAGAAGGAAAAAAUAUUAUGAGAAAUUAAAAUUUUUGGAUCAGUUAAUGUACCAAAAAAAAACUUUAUCAGAACUAUUGGCCAAUAAAAUAUCUAAAACUCUUGAAGCUUUGCAAGAAUUAGAAGAAAGAGUAACAGAUGCACAAGAAAGUUUUGACGAGUUGGUUCUUCAAACUUUGACAAAAGGCAGAUCGGAAAAUUUUACACGCAUUGUAGAAGAGCAGCUUGCAAUUAUGAGGACGGAUUUGAAAGAACUGUCUGCUCUACGUGUGAAACUUAUACUUAUACAGCACGCUCAUGUCGUUCUUAAAAAUCGAUUAACGAAAGCAAAUGAUAUUGGCGGAGGUAUCACCAUUGAUGACUUGGAGCGUAUAGAAGCUGAAAUUCAAACAAUGGAUAAAAAAUUCGAAGCAAUGGGCACUGAACUGCAAAUCUUACAACACACAUUUAACAAAGUUCAGCAUUCGAGAGCUCACUUAAGUGAAAAGAUAAGAAUACAAGAGAUUUUAGUUGGAGAAAAGGAAGGUGUUUUCGAUAAAAUUAUAGAUCAGCGCGAAGCAUUAAAAGCGGAUGUAAAUGAGUUAACAGAGGAACACAAUAUGAUUUUCAGAGAAAUGCAAGAAGUAAUAGACACAUCGGGUAUUCUCUGCAAACCAUUACUUUUGCAGGACUAUGAUAACGUUACGGAGAAACUAGCCAACGUAAAAGCUAAAAAAGAAGAAUAUAAAAGAGAAUAUACUCAAAUGUUGAAAGAUAUUGAAGAAGCGGAGGCAAAAUGCCAACCACCAGAUGAUCUUUAUGAUAUGUAAUGAAUCAUGAUUAAUGGAUACUUAUAUAUACACUUUUUCGGAAAGAUAAAUGUCACAAAUCACAAAAUAUUUAUUUUUAUAAAACU